GGGGGAGGGGAAGGAAUGGUAAGUGAGACGGGCGGGCGGUGGCGGUGGCACAGGGACGGAGCGAUGUCCGAGCUCCGCCGGACCCCGUCCCGCUGGGACCCCGCGGCCACGCGGCGGGCGGCGCUGCUGGGCCCCUCCGGAGCCGUCCCGCAGAGCCCCGCCAGGUUCGGGGGGCUCGGGAGGACCCCCCUGUCCGACACCUCCGCUCCGAGGAGAGAGGCCAUGGCCGCCGUGUUCCUGCCCGGCAACCUGCAGGACGAGGCCACCUGCUCCGUGUGCCUGGAGUUCUUCAAGGACCCGGUGUCCAUCGAGUGCGGCCACAACUUCUGCCGCGCCUGCAUCGUCAAGAGCUGGAAGGAGCUGGAGAUGGAUUUCCCGUGCCCGCAGUGCCGGGAGGUUUUCCAGCAGCGCAGUUUCCGCCCCAACCGGCAGCUGGCGAACAUGUCCGAGAUCAUCAGCCAGUUCGCGCAGCGCGGGGCCAAGGGCGCGGCGGAGGACGGGCUGUGCCCCAAGCACCGCGAGGCGCUCAAGCUCUUCUGCAAGGACGACCGCAGGGCCAUCUGCGUGGUGUGCGACAGGUCCCGCGAGCACCGCCCGCACGCCGUGGUGCCCGUGGACGAGGCUUCCGAGGAGUACAAGGAGAAAAUCCAGGAGCGCUUGGAUUUCCUGAGGAAGGAGCGGCAGGAGCUGCUGGAGUUCAAAGUGAACGACGAUAAGAAAACCCAGGAGCUGCUGAAAACCAUCGAGAGCGAGCGGCAGAAGCUGCUCUCGGACUUCGAGCGGCUGCGGCAGUUCCUGCACGAGCAGGAGCAGAUCCUGCUGGGGCAGCUGGAGAAGAUGGAGAAGAGCAUCUCCCGGAGGCAGAACGAGAACAUCACCGACCUCUCCAAGGAGAUCACGCUCCUCAACAAGCUCAUCACCGAGCUGGAGGAGAAAAUCCAGCAGCCCAUGCUCGAGUUCCUCAAGGACGUGACCGCCACCAUCAGCAGGAGCGAUGAUGUGAAGUGCCCCAAGCCCGUCCCCGUCUGCACCGACAUGAAGACUCACGUCUGCAACUUCUCCCUCAAAACCGUGACCCUCGAGAAGGUCCUGAAGAAAUUCCGAGAGCACCUGCAGGACGAGCUGGGCCGAGGUGAAAAAGAGGAGCUGACCCUGGACCCCGACUCCGCCAACCACCUGCUGAUCCUGUCGGCCGACCUGAAGAGCGUGCGCAUGGGCUGCCGGCGCCAGGAGCUGCCCGAGCACCCCAAGCGCUUCGACACCAACUCGCGCGUGCUGGCCAGCACCGGCUGGGCCUCGGGCCGCCACUACUGGGAGGUGGAGGUGGGCGCGUCGGACGGCUGGGCCUUCGGCGUGGCGCGCGAGUCGGUGCGCAGGAAGGGGCUGACGCAGUUCUCGCCUGACGAGGGCAUCUGGGCCGUGCAGCAGAACGGGGGCCGCUACUGGGCCGUCACCUCGCCGCAGCGCACGCCGCUCUGCCUGGGCCGCCGCCUCAGCCGCGUGCGCGUCUGCCUGGACUACGAGGGCCAGGAGGUGUCCUUCUACGACGCCGAGAACAUGCAGCACAUCUUCACCUUCAACGUGGCCUUCCAGGAGAAGGUGUUCCCGCUCUUCUCCGUCUGCUCCACCGUCACCUACAUCAAGCUGUGCCCCUGAGGCGGCGCCGCGGGGCGCGAGGGCCGGAGAGAGCCAAAAGCUCGGCCUGGCUCGGCGGCGGGCGGGAGAGCGGCACAGGAGGGUCCUGGGGGCAGCGGGGGCACACAGAUGUCCAAAAGGAGAGAGAAACUGUGUUGGCAGCUGAAAGGAGGGUGGUGGCCACCAGCUUGGAGCCUGUCCCCAGUGACCUCUGUCCCCAGUGACCAGUGUCCCCAGUGUCCCCAGUGACCUCUGUCCCCAGCGUCCCCAGUGUCCCCAGUGUCCCCAGUGUCCCCAGUGACCGCUGUCCCCAGUGACCAGUGUCCCCAGUGUCCCCAGUGUCCCCAGUGACCUCUGUCCCCAGCGUCCCCAGUGUCCCCAGUGUCCCCAGUGUCCCCAGUGACCUCUGUCCCCAGUGACCAGUGUCCCCAGUGUCCCCAGUGUCCCCAGUGUCCCCAGUGACCUCUGUCCCCAGUGUCCCCAGUGUCCCCAGUGACCGCUGUCCCCAGUGUCCCCAGUGUCUCCAGUGUCCCCAGUGUCCCCAGUGUCCCCAGUGACCUCUGUCCCCAGUGUCCCCAGUGUCCCCAGUGACCGCUGUCCCCAGUGUCCCCAGUGUCUCCAGUGUCCCCAGUGUCCCCAGUGUCCCCAGUGACCGCUGUCCCCAGUGUCCCCAGUGUCUCCAGUGUCCCCAGUGUCCCCAGUGUCCCCAGUGACCUCUGUCCCCAGUGUCCCCAGUGACCUCUGUCCCCAGUGUCCCCAGUGUCCCCAGUGUCCCCAGUGACCUCUGUCCCCAGUGUCCCCAGUGUCCCCAGUGACCGCUGUCCCCAGUGUCCCCAGUGUCUCCAGUGUCCCCAGUGUCCCCAGUGACCGCUGUCCCCAGCGUCCCCAGUGUCCCCAGUGACCUCUGUCCCCAGUGUCCCCAGUGACCUCUGUCCCCAGCGUCCCCAGUGUCCCCAGUGACCUCUGUCCCCAGUGUCCCCAGUGACCUCUGUCCCCAGUGUCUCCAGUGUCUCCAGUGUCCCCAGUGUCCCCAAUGUCCCCAGUGUCCCCAGUGACCGCUGUCCCCUGCUCUGACCUGUCCAGCCUGUAGUCUCCGUGGGGUUUUGGCUGCUCUCCCUCUCUGGUUCUGCACCCUCAGCUCUUCUGGAAAAGGUUAAAAGGUGCUUUUUUGGUUUUUAUUUUUAAUGAUGUUUGUCCUGAGCAAGACCCACAUUUGUCCCUGCUGAGGCCUCUCCCUGGACACGACCUUCCCAAAAUUUCCCUUGUGGGUCUCACAUGGAUUUAGGUGCUGAAUCUUGUAUCCCCUCAGGUUCUCAGCAAAUUCAUCCCUUUUUGCUAAUUUCUUCUUUUUUUUUUUUUCCCCCUGGAAAUCCUCAGUCUGUGCCAAAGAGCUGGCACAGAACUCGCAUUUGCUUUGUGCAUUCUGGUUUUGCCAAAAAAAAAAAAAAAAAAAACCAAAAAAAACCCAAAAAGCCAACCAACCAACCAACCAACCAACCAAAAAAAAAAAAAAAAAAACCAAACAAAAAAAAAACGCUUUCAAAAAUACUCAGUGUUAUUUUGCCUGAAGUGCUGGUAAAGGGAGGUUCUUGGACAGCUAUAUAUAUAUCUAUAUGUGUAAAAUAUAUUUGUAUAAAUAUAUAUCAUAAUAUAUGUAUGCAUUUAUGUGUUGAGGUGAAGGCAUAUAUAAAAAUUUAUAUAAUAUAACACAAUGCAUUAUAAAUAUUAUAAUUAAUAUAUGUAAUUUUUCUACGCAAUUUUUGGGGGUUUUGCUCCACAUUUGUUAGGCACAAACCAAAUAUUUUCAAACACCCCAAAUUAGGGCUUGAUUAAUUAAAAAAAAAACAUGAAAAUGA